AUGCGCCUUCGUCACUUGAAAGACGAUGCCCACGCUGGUCCGUGGGACCUGGAGGUACAUCAGAUCGAGAAAGAUGAGGGUGCCUUAGCUGCCAUUAUGGGAGCCGGUAUUACUCCGAGGGAGAAGCUCGAUCAAGUGGCAGAGUCACGGACCCCGAGCAAAGGACGAGUCAUCCCGGUGCCACCAAACAGCCUGGAAAUGUUAGAGGUUGCCUACUCAGGAUAUCUAGUCAGUUUGAUGGGGCUGCAUAAAACAUUAGACAGAAGAGGUAGUUGUGGUUUGAUCUUUUGGAAACUCCCAGAGUGGAGAGUGGCUGUGGAUGACGCUGAGUAUGGUGGGAUGAUUAGAGGUAUCACGAUGGCGUUGGAGCAAGGUGGCUAUGACUUAGUCGCGGUGGGCGAUUCAAGAAUCGCCAUGCAGCAAGCUCAAGGGCUAAUCAGCUGUAAUCAGAUCAGCCUGCAGAGCCGGCUGGCCCAGUUCGAGGCACUCGAACAGAAGUUCCGCCUAGUUCGCCUGGUCCACGUGAAGCGCGAGUAUAAUCAAGCUGCAGAUUACCUUACCACUCGGCGGCUGACCGCUGGUGAGAUUCCCAAGAAACCGGUACGAAAAGGUGAGUCACCGGAGGUCGGACUGUUGAGCGGGAACGCUACACAGCAAGUUCUCCAAGCCAUUGUCGAUGAGUAUCCUGAUUCGGACUUUGGCGCGUUGCCAAUAAACGCACGCAUCUUUGCGGCUGCUCUUCGCAGUAGAUCUCGAACAGCAACUCAAGAGGAAGGACACCACGGAGUGACGAGGACGCAUGAGCGUCUGCGCCGAGAGUUUCUCUGGCCAGGUAUGUAUGCAGAUGUGGAGCGAUUCGAGAAUGAGUGCAUCGAAUGCGCGUCAGCGAAAAGAUCACCUCUAAACCUCGGGCCCUCACCUGAUAACAUUGAGCCGAACUAUCAGUUCGAGGUGUUGUUCAUGGACUUUGUAACGCAUCUGCCUAAGUAG